GUUUUUCUGUGUGUAACUCUCUCUCUCUUUCCAUACUACAGUGUGCCAUUUUAAGCAAAUGCUGCGUCCUCCAACAUAUCCCUUUGAAAUUCCGACCCUCAUGGAACAACCCUUUCAACCAUUGCCUCACAAACCAAUCUCUUUCUUCCCAACAAAAACCCACUUUCAACUCCUUUUAUCUCUUUUCAUUUUUCUCCAAUCCUCAAAAACCUUCCAUUUUCCCCCAUUGCACCAAUCUUCCGAGCUCCAAUUUCACUUUUUCGGUACAUCAACGGAGGUGAAGGGGCAAAGUUGCAGGUUCAUUUUAAGCGUAGAGUGCCUUGGGAAUUUGUUGGUUCUUUGUCUUGAAUUAAUCGUGGGCGAAUGCAAUUAUCUAUGUGUCAAUGGUGAAUUUAAUUUUUUUAAGAAGGACUUUUGUGGUUGUAUCACCUUAUGAAUUUGCGUAUUAAGACGGUAAAUGAUGUGUGAGAAAUUGCUUUUGGUUCAAGGUUUGAAAUUCCUUGUAUAGGAUAAGUUGCUAUCCAAGGAUUUUGCUUUGGGGUGACAAGAGCAUAAGGAUUUAUCCGUGUGAAUAUGUGACUUGGCGAUGAAUAACUUUGUUUAAUGUGAAGAAGGCGUUGAGGGCUCAAUGCACUGCUGUAACUGGUGGUUUUGUGGAGUUUAUUAUUAGAUCUUCCACCAUGAGUAAUGAGGCUCAUGGCAAUUCAGGUGCAGGACACAAAGAAACGGUAUUUGUUGGUUCAGGUGAAAGAAUCCCUUCUGAUAUUGAUGUGGAUAAUGUGUGUAUACUAACUGGUGAAGAAUUUUCUGCUGACUUCUUGCGCGAUCGGGUUGGUUUUAGGAGACUUCCUAUCAUAACAGAUGCAGACCAGCGCCUUCCGAAUAGAACAGAUUUCAAUAUCAAUAAUAAUUAUCAGAUGGUUCAUGAGGAUCUAAAUCAUGGUUUUGGAUUAAUAAGAUCAGAGUCUGAUUGUAACUCAGAUAUGUCAGAGUAUUAUGUACCAAGGGGAUAUGUUGCUGAGGUUGACAACAGGACUUAUCCGAAUAAUUUUAACGUGCUCCAUUUUGACCCUGGCGGUAGCAGACAAGUAUCAGGUCAACUUUCCAGACAAGGUUCUGGUCACUUUUCUAGGCAAGGAUCUGGUCAUUUUUCUCGACAAGUCUCAGGCAAAUUUACAAGACAACUCUCAGGUAAAGUUUUGGAGGGAGGUUGUUGUGAUCGAGUUUAUGUUGUAGAUUCUCCUCAGUCAAGCCAUGCAUAUGGAACAGCAUUCUCAGAAGGUUUUUUCAAUAAGAUAAAAUUUCUCUGUAGUUUCGGGGGAAGAAUUCUUCCAAGGCCAAAUGAUGGGAAGCUCAGAUAUAUGGGCGGUGAGACACGGAUCAUAUCCAUCAGGAAGAACAUUACUUGGGAGGAACUUAUGAGCAAGACUUCUGCAAUUUGCAAUCAAACUCACACUAUCAGGUACCAGCUUCCUGGAGAGGACCUUGAUGCUCUCAUUUCCGUUUGUUCUGAUGAGGAUCUUCAUCAUAUGAUUGAGGAGUAUGAAGAGUUAGAAAGAGCUGGAGGCUCUAACCGACUACGGAUCUUUCUCAUACCAUUAACAGAAGCUGAGACUCCAGGCUCUAAUGAAGCAAGGGUCAAUCAGGCAAGUGAUACUGAUUAUCAUUAUGUUGUUGCUGUAAAUGGUAUGCACAAUCCAAGUCCACGAAGGAACCCUAGCGGGCAGAAUUUGGCAAGCCCAUUUGGAAACAACUCUGAUUACAAUAGUCCAGGUUUCCAUAGGGACUCACACCCAGCUGCAUUUACUUUAGAGGCCAAGGAUUGCAACCCAACCACCACAAAUAUGCCAGGCCAGUCCCCAAAGCCUUCUCAGUUUCUAACUGCAAUGCAGGUAGCAAGCAAAUUUAAUCAAAUGCCUUCUUUAUCUCCCAGCUUCCUACAACCUAAAGAUCCCAAAAUUUCUGAUGUUCAGCAUUUUAUGGAUCAUCCAUGUAUUGCUGUUAAUGAAAGCAUUCUCCCCUUUGUCAUGGAAAAAGCUCCACAUGACAAUUCUUUGUAUACCGAAAAUACCAAUUAUGUUGAUCCAAUUGCAUACUAUAACAAUCAUGGUCAAGGGCCUCCGUAUGUGAAUUACCAUCCCAUUAAUCAAUACACAGUGGAUGCUGACCAAUUCAGGAAGCCUAGUGAUAAUUUUCAUUUUCACAGACGAACUCACAGUAAUGAGUUGUUAUAUUCUGCAAUAAGUGGUCAAAAUGAUAUGAUAUUCGAGAGACCUUCGGUUACCAAUGAAGGUUCAUAUCAUUUUGACAAGAUUGUCUCCCAUCCGCAUAAGUCAAGUUUAUUGCCUGUGUGUGAUGAUAGAGCGGGACCUCAUUAUAGAAUGUUACAUGUUAAUUCUGAAUCAUCACUUCUGGAAAGUGAAGAGAACCUUAAAGUCCACUUGCAGUUCCCACCCAGUGUAGAGAGAGAUAAAUUGAUAUCACCAGAAACUUCAAGUCAUUUGGAAGAAUGUCCAUCACAGCCACGAGUUGAUUGGCAGGAACAUGAACCUAAGUAUCAUAAUUUACCCAUUUCAGGAAUGAGUCAUUGUAGAAAAGGCUUGACACAUAUUGGUAAAGAGAACCUGCAACAUGUCGGUAAAAACAAUGCUCAGUUUGAUGAACAGUGCAUCAACUACCAACAUGGAUUUUGCUCAUCUUCGCCCGAUCUGCAAAGCAGUGAAUGCAAUGUAUCUGUGGCACCAUUUAGCUCUUUAGAAUCUCCACGCAACUGGAGGGAUCAACCACAUGGUGCACCAUUAGACAGAACUGCUUCUGAGUUUUCCAUUAGGAGCCAAGAUUCGUCAUUGCACAACCAAUAUGCAACACCAGAGGCAGACAAUCGACCACUUUCCCUUGUCUCUUUUGAGUUACAGCCAAUUGACUCCCAUGCUAGCCAAGAGUCUGUACUGCCUAUCUCUUAUCCGGUCAUGAGUGCUUCUUCCAUGAAAGAGGUUGCUAUACCUCACGAGGAUCCUGACUACAAAGAAGGAAGCACAGACAUUAACAAAGAAUCUUCCAGAAGCAUCAAUGAUUGUAGUUCUACAGGUUUUCGGUCAUGCACCCAAGUUGCUUCAAAUUUAGACAAAGAGGAUGAAGUUGCAUCAGCAUCUCCUACACAGGAAAGGGUAGAUGGCCUUGUAAAUACUGACAGCGAAAACAUCAAUAAGCCUCCUGGUGAUACAACUCCUGAAACAGAAGCUGAACAGUUUGGUUUACAGAUUAUUGAGAAUAUUGAUCUUGAAGAAUUGCAAGAGCUAGGAUCUGGAACCUUUGGAACUGUUUAUCUUGGAAAGUGGAGGGGAACUGAUGUUGCAAUUAAGAGGAUUAAAAAAAGUAGUUGUUUCUCUGGUAGAUUAUCCGAGCAAGAACGGAUGACAAAAGAUUUCUGGAGAGAGGCACAGAUUCUAUCUACUCUUCAUCAUCCAAACGUGGUAGCAUUUUAUGGGGUAGUUCCAAAUGGCCCAGAUGGAACAUUGGCAACAGUAACAGAAUACAUGGUGCAUGGAUCGCUAAGAAAUGUUCUCGUGAAGAAGGAGAGAGUGCUUGAUCGUCGCAAAAGGAUCAUGAUUGCAAUGGAUGCAGCCUUUGGCAUGGAAUAUUUGCAUUUGAAAAAUAUUGUUCAUUUUGACUUGAAGUGUGAUAAUCUACUUGUUAAUCUGGGGGAUCCUGAGCGACCAGUAUGUAAGGUUUCAGAUUUUGGCCUAUCAAGAAUUAAACGCAACACACUUAUUUCGGGUGGUGUCAGAGGAACCCUUCCUUGGAUGGCACCGGAAUUGCUAGAUGGUAACAAUCGGGUAUCUGAAAAGGUUGAUGUUUUCUCAUUUGGCAUUGCAAUGUGGGAGAUCUUAACUGGGGAAGAGCCAUAUGCUAACAUGCACUGUGGUGCUAUAAUUGGAGGAAUUGUCAAUAAUACGCUCAGGCCUUCUAUUCCGAAACGCUGCGAUUCCGAGUGGAAGAAGCUUAUGGAAGAGUGCUGGAAUCCUGACCCUGAAGUCAGGCCAUCCUUUACAGAAAUAAAAAAUAGGCUUCGAAGCAUGUCAGUUGCACUUCAAAAUAAGCGGCAUAUCCGAUGAAAACUCGAAUUUCGUUCUUGAUGAUGAUUGUAGCUGUGACAGAAAAGAUGGGAAAAAAAAAAAAAACUGUUUAUAUCAGUUAGCAUUGUUUGUAUAGCAAUCAUAGUGUAUAUAUUUAAUAUGAAAAUGAGCAAAAAAAGACCAUUUACAUGGCAAGCAUUUUUGUGAUAAAUAGCUUCACGUUAUGCAAUCAAAGCUUUUGUUAAAAAAAA